AUGGAAGACCGGUGCUUGAUCAAGAACGAUGUCACUGAAUUGAUUGGUAACACGCCAAUGGUGUAUCUGAACAAGAUUGUGGAUGGUUGCGUGGCCCGAAUCGUCGCCAAGCUUGAGAUGAUGGAGCCUUGCUCUAGCAUCAAAGACAGAAUAGCUUAUAGUAUGAUCAAAGAUGCAGAAGAGAAAGGAUUGAUUACUCCCGGAAAGAGUACAUUGAUUGAGCCAACGGCUGGUAACACCGGGAUCGGUUUAGCGUGCAUCGGGGCAGCGAGAGGGUAUAAAGUAGUACUUUUGAUGCCCUCAACGAUGAGCUUAGAGAGAAGAAUCAUUCUGAGAGCAUUAGGUGCAGAGAUUCAUCUCACGGACAUGUCCAUAGGCAUUAAAGGAAUGUUGGAGAAAGCUGAAGCUUUAUUAAGCAAAACUCCUGGUGGUUACAUUCCACAACAGUUUGAAAAUCCUGCAAACCCAGAG